AAAAAGGUAUGAAUCUAAAUUCGUCCUGAAUCGCACAAGAUAUACUCCGUACCUUUCAUCUAAAAGGUGUCCAGAAGUCCAACACUCCAAAUAAGCCAUCCUCCACUUCGACGCCUCCUUCACCGUUUCAAUGACAACUUUUCUUUAAUUAAUCUGACCAGGUCGGAAGAAAAUCUGCCAUUCUCCUUAAACCCCCCCGGAAACGUUCUAGUGUUUCCAACGGGCAACGGAAUUACACCCGGUAAACCUGUCGGUCCUUUCACUCAUCGUCUUCAGGCUUCAGCAUUGCGACCUUACAGUUCAAUCGCUCAGCGUCUUCGAGCUUCAGGCUGCAGUUCAAUCGCUCCAGGAGCUCAGUAUUUAUCUAUUAUAUAUUCUGACUCUGUAUAGAAAAAUCUCACCUCCACCCUUACCCAGAAGCCUUCCAUUACCAGGGCAAAAAAAGGAAUGGCAGGUAAAAGUGAAGUGAUAGAACACAAGGCGUACGCAAGAGUUGGUUUUUUAGGAAACCCAAGCGAUGUGUAUUACGGGAAUACCAUCUCCUUCAGCCUUGGCAAUUUCUGGGCUUCUGUGCAACUCGAGCCUUCGCCGGAGUUGCUCAUCUCCCCUCAUCCCACUCACGAUCUCGUCCAGUUUGAUUCCCUCUACCACAUGGUGAACCGGUUGCAAAGUGAAGGUUAUUAUGGAGGAGUCCGAUUGUUGAUGGCAAUUUGUAAGGUGUUUUACAAUUAUUGCAAGGAUAAUAGCAUCAGUCUACAUAAAGAAAAUUUCAAGCUCUCGUACGAUACUAACAUUCCCCGGCAGACAGGUCUUUCAGGAUCUAGUGCUAUUGUGUGUGCUGCCCUAAGUUGCCUCCUUGACUUUUACAAUGUUAGACAUCUGGUUAAAGUUGAGGUCAGACCAAACCUCAUCCUCAAUGCAGAGAAAGAACUUGGUAUUGUAGCCGGUUUACAGGAUAGGGUAGCUCAGGUCUAUGGAGGUGUUGUUUAUAUGGAUUUUGGUAAAAAGCAUAUGGAUGAGUUAGGUCAUGGAGUGUAUACACCCAUGGAUAUCAAUCUUCUCCCUCCCCUGCAUCUAAUCUAUGCUGAGAAUCCCAGUGAUUCUGGAAAGGUGCACAGUUCAGUUCGCCGGAGGUGGUUAGAUGGGGAUAAGUUCAUAAUAUCUUCAAUGGAAGAGGUUGCAAAAAUAGCUGUGGAAGGAAGGAAAGCAUUGCUUGAAAAGGACUAUGCUAAGGUCGCAGAGCUCAUGAACAAAAACUUUGACCUAAGAAGGAAAAUGUUCGGGGACGAGUGUCUUGGUGAGUUGAACAUAGAGAUGGUCGAAGUCGUUCGAAGAGCGGGUGGGGCAUCAAAAUUUACAGGAAGUGGAGGUGCUGUAGUUGCAUUCUGUCCAGAUGGGCCAGCCCAAGUGAAGAAGCUCCAGGAGGAAUGCUUGAAAUCUGGUUUUAUCAUGCAACCCAUUAAAGUCAUGCCUUCAUUUCUUAAUGAUAUUGAUCUUCUGACUCUGCAGUCCAAAUAAGCUAUCUAUCCCAGAUUUCUUGAUUGUUUUUAUCUUUUCUCCAUAUAUUUUUUGGACUCUCAGAAUAAAUGGCUUGCACAUCAGAGCAAGCUGAACCGUUUGUGGUUCUCCAUGUGUACAUUUAGUUUGAAUGUUUUACAAAGCAUUAUUUAAGCAUCACUGAGAACACAAUAAAUAUUAAGUUGAGGUUCAUAUAUAUUGGUCAAGUUCAGGUGCAAACUGAAAAACA